AGGCUCGGAGACAAGAGGGCAGAGCGAAAGCGAAGCGAUGGAUUCAGAUUUCGGCAUUCCCAGAGAACUCUCGGAUCUUCAAAAACACCGACGUCUUUACGAACCUGAACUCCCUCCUUGCCUUCAGGGGACUACUGUCAGGGUAGAAUUUGGUGAUGCAACAACUGCUCCAGACCUCUCUGGUGCCCGCACAAUAAGCCGAUCCUUUCCUCACACAUAUGGUCAGCCAUUGGCUCACUUUCUCAGGGCUACUGCAAAGGUCCCUGAUGCUCAGGUUAUAACUGAGCAUCCACCCAUUAGGGUGGGAGUGGUCUUCUGUGGGAGACAAUCUCCGGGAGGACACAAUGUCAUAUGGGGUCUUCACAAUGCUCUCAAAAUUCACAACCCUAAGAAUGUUUUACUUGGGUUUUUGGGUGGCUCUGAAGGUUUAUUUGCUCAGAAAACUCUUGAGAUCACUGAUGACAUUCUUUCAACCUACAAGAAUCAAGGUGGUUAUGAUUUGCUUGGACGGACAAAGGAUCAAAUAAGAACAACUGAACAAGUUAAUGCUGCAUUAUCCACAUGCAAAAAUUUGAAGUUGGAGGGCCUUGUCAUUCUUGGAGGGGUGACAUCAAACACGGAUGCUGCUCAGCUUGCAGAAACCUUUGCAGAAGCAAAAUGCCAAACAAAGGUGGUUGGGGUUCCUGUUACUUUGAAUGGGGAUCUGAAGAACCAAUUUGUUGAAAGCAAUGUUGGUUUUGAUACAAUAUGUAAGGUCAAUUCCCAACUCAUCAGCAAUGUCUGCACUGAUGCUCUUUCUGCAGAGAAGUAUUAUUAUUUUAUCCGACUCAUGGGCCGGAAAGCAUCACAUGUUGCUUUGGAGUGCACUCUUCAGUCACAUCCAAAUAUGGUCAUUCUUGGUGAGGAGGUGGCUGCAUCAAAGCUUACUCUUUUUGACUUGACAAAACAAAUUUGUGAUGCAGUUCAAGCCAGGGCUGAACAAGACAAGUAUCAUGGUGUCAUCCUACUUCCUGAAGGACUUAUUGAGAGCAUUCCUGAAGUUUAUGCUCUCUUGCAGGAAAUUCAUGGUUUGCUCAGGCAAGGUGUUUCUGCUGAUAACAUUUCUUCUAAACUUUCACCUUGGGCAUCUGCCUUGUUUGAAUUCUUGCCACCCUUUAUCAAGAAGCAGCUGCUCCUUUACCCUGAAUCAGAUGACUCAGCACAGUUAUCUCAGAUUGAAACAGAGAAACUUCUCGCACAUCUUGUGGAGGCAGAAAUGAACAAACGAUUGAAGGAAGGUACAUACAAGGGGAAGAAAUUCAAUGCCAUCUGCCACUUCUUUGGUUAUCAGGCUCGGGGAUCCUUACCAUCAAAAUUUGACUGUGAUUAUGCCUACGUUCUUGGGCACAUUUGCUACCAUGUUCUAGCAGCUGGCUUAAAUGGUUACAUGGCAACUGUAACUAACCUAAAGAAUCCUGUGAACAAAUGGCGUUGUGGUGCCGCUCCAAUCACAGCGAUGAUGACUGUAAAGCGUUAUUCCCGUGGUCCUGGGACCUCUUCAAUUGGAAAACCUGCUCUUCAUCCUUAUGCUUUGGAUCUGAAGGGCAAAGCAUAUGAGCUUCUGAGUCGAAAUGCAACAAAAUUUUUGCUGGACGACCUUUACAGAAACCCAGGACCCCUCCAGUUUGAUGGUCCAGGUGCUGAUGCCAAGGCUGUGACUUUGUGCGUUGAGGACCAGGAUUACAUGGGUCGUAUCAAGAAACUCCAGGAAUAUCUUGACAAGGUGCGAACCAUUGUGAAACCAGGAUGCUCACAGGAUGUUCUCAAAGCAGCUUUGAGUGCCAUGGCUUCUGUGACAGAGAUUCUCUCUGUAAUGACAUCACCUUCUAGUGGCCAGACACCGCUUUGAAAGUCAAACCAAUUACACCCUUCCCUUGGAACUUUCUGGUGCUGCUGCUAAUGGUACUGGAAUUCCAAUAUCCACUGUGCCUUUUUUGUCUGGUUUCUGGUGAUUUAUAUCCUGAACUUCUUGUUAGGUACAGAACGCUUAGAUGAUGGCAAUAAACUGAGUUUUGCUCUGGUGUAAACUUCACAAAAUAAUUAUGAGAGAAUUGUACUGCGGUUUUUUUUUUAAAGAUGAAAUUUUGUCAGCACUA